UCUUGACUUUCCAUUCCUUCCCCCCAUCUCUCUCUCUCAUCUUCCCCCACUUUGCUCCGCUUUCCCGUCCACCGCCACCGCCACCACCACCGGCCAUGGAUCCCUUCCACCACCUCAACACCGCCUUCUCCAAUCCCUACCACCCGCUCCUCUCCUCCUCCCCUCCCCACCCCUACCACCCGCCGCCCCCCCUCCCCCCUCCGCCCGCCGCCGACCCGCCCGAGCGGGAGCGCCUGCCGCAGUGGUCGCACGCCGAGACGGCCGCCUUCCUCGCCAUCCGCGCCGACCUCGACCACUCCUUCCUCUCCACCAAGCGCAACAAGGCCCUCUGGGAGGCCGUCUCCGCGCGCCUCAACGCGCAGGGCGGCUUCGCGCGCACCCCCGACCAGUGCAAGUCCAAGUGGAAGAACCUCGUCACCAGGUUCAAGGGCACGGCCAGCGACGCGCAGGCCGAGGCCGCUGGCGGCGGGGACCACCACGCCGGCGCGGCGGCGAGGGGCAGCUUCCCGUUCCACGACGAGAUGCGGAGGAUCUUCGACGCGCGGGUCGAGAGGGCGCGCGCAUUGGAGGCCAAGAAGGCCAAGGGGAAGGACGCCGCCGCGCGGCGCGAUCCGGACGACGAUGGCGGCGGCGAGGGCGGCGAGGACGAGGACGACGAAGAGGAGGCGGAGAUGUUCGACGAGGAGGAGGGCAGGGCCGAUGCGGAGACGCGGGGCGCGGGGAAGAAGCGGAGGAGGAAGGCGGCGCCGGCGAGGACCGCAUCAGCGGGAGGAGGGGUCGAGAUUGGCGAGGUGGAGGCCGUGCUGCGGGAGUUCAUGCGGCGGCAGAUGGAGAUGGAGGAGCGGUGGAUGGAGGCCGCGGAGGCGCGCGACGCCGAGCGCCGGGCGCGCGAGGAGGAGUGGCGCGCUGCCAUGGUCGCGCUCGGCGAGGAGCGGCUCGCGCUCGUGCGCCGCUGGCGCGAGCGCGAGGACGCGUGGAGGGCGCGCGCCGAGGAGCGCGAGGAGCGCCGGCACCAGCUCGUCGCCGCCCUGCUGGCCAAGCUCGGCGGCGACACGUCGUCCUAAUCCACCCCACCAAUCCAUGCCACACACCAUGCCCUGGACGAUGAUCCAUCCAUCCAUCGCCGCAAAGCGGGCGCCGGGCGGCCGGAUAAGCACUUUUAGACCAGUUGUAGCAGCGACAGAUCAAAUCCAUGAUCGAUCUUGCAUGCCUAGCUUGUGCCUUUGUUAGGGUUUCUUUAGACAGUGAGAGGUCAGGAAAGGCGGCGCGUUGGUGUGUGUUGAAAAGGGUUUUGCAAACAUCUUUCCUUUGUUAGUCUAGCCAUGACCUGCAACUGUAAACUCACUCACUCACUGGUCUUAUCAGCUUCAGAAGCUAGCUAUAACAUGCAGCUUUCCAAAUGCAUGGAUGCAUGCAUGACUUUGCAUGAUCAAUUAACCCAUCCAUCGAUGUUGCUAGCUUCUCCUCCUUCUCCUCAUCAUUCCACAAGGUGGACGGUCAUGGUCGCCGCAGGCAGAAUCUAACAACGUGGGUCUGCAUACAUACAUGCAUUAUUGCCUUUUUUUUCUUCAGAUAUAUCUCUGCAGUGUGCAUGUGUAGCUUUUGCGCAACAUGGUCUAUAUAUCUAUCUACAUCUUUCCUUCUUUUUCAGUUGCAUGCCCUAAAGAGAUUUGCAUCUGAAAAGUUUUCUAGUGAGAGGAAAGAAAGGGGGCGCAGCAGGGCAUGAUGGGGGCGCAGUCAAGUGCAGCUGCUUUGAUUUUGCUUUGCUUUGCUUAUCGUUCAGGAAGGGUAUCGAUGCCCUGCUUGUAUAUGUUUGCCCGGUGUGCGACACAUGUGUGCAGAAGGUGCAGAAGCCAGAAUCCACUGGAAGAACCCUGACUGCAUCAUGUGUUCAUGCAUACUGGCUAGAUAGUGCUUGUUUGACGAUGAUAAUGAUUUAAUUAGAAGUGGACUUUCCCUGAUGAUGUUGUAGAUGAAGAUAUGACAAGUAUGAAACCAUGAACCAACACAGUGUGUACGCACAAAGUAGAGUAUGAACACAAGCUUGUAUGUAAAUACAGCCAAAAGUGCAAGCCUUAUUUGUUA